UGUUCAAUGUGUUUGUAGUAAUAAACAUGUACAGUUAAAAAUCUCUAAUACUUGAGAAAAGAAAACUUUUAUAUUUGUAUAAGAAUAAUGACGGAAAAGAGAAAAAAGAUUGUGCUAACUAUUAAACAAAAACUCGAAUUAAUAAGGAAAUUUGAAAGUGGAGAAUCCACUACGAAACUGGCAAAUGAGUAUUGCAUCGGUACACAAACGGUUCGCGAUAUCAAUAAGAACAAAGCGAAACUCUUGGAAUUUUCUAACAAUUGUCGGAGUAAGCUUGGUCCUUCAAAGAGGAAGAGCAUGAAGAAAUCAUCGUACAAAGAGUUAGACAAUGCUUUGAUUAAUUGGUUGAACGAUAAUCGAAGUGCAGGUGUACAUGUUUCUGGUCAAAUGUGCGAAAAACAAGCAAAGAUUUUCCAUGCCUCUUUAGGCUUAGAAAGUGAAUUUAGUACUGCGGCGGUUCAUGGAUGGUUUAUUAGGUUCAAACAACGAUAUGGUAUAAAAGAUAAUUCCAAAGGACAAGCAAAUUCGGUUACAGAAGCUAUCGAUAAUGUACUAUCUCACAUCAAAGAGGAAAAAGAGGACGACGAAUAUGGAGAGGAGUGUCCGCUAAUGAAAAAAACAUCUACAGCUCGUGAUGAAUCAAAUAGUCAAUUAUUCGUUGAAAACGGUAUUAUAUACAUUAAGCAAGAAGAGAACGAGCCCUUAAGUACAGCUCAAAAAAGUAGGAACGAUCGUAUAUUUUCAUUACCAAACAGAACGAACGAUUUACCACAGUUAUACACCGCGGAGAACGUUGGAAAUAAUUUGACGCAAACGUCGCGGGAUGUCAGCAAUGCGCAAGAUGAGUUCGAUCUGUUUGGUAAAAGUGUGGCUAUGCAACUUAGACAGUUGCCCUUACGCCAUGCAUUAAUCUGCCAAGAAAAACUACAUAAUAUUAUUGUGCAAUACCGCUUAUCUUUUAUGCAGUCCAAUUCAUCCGACUAAGAAAACUUCAUUUGCAUUAUAUGAUAGUAUUAUAAUAUAUUUCUUGUACAAACUAGU